CUCCCAGGUGCCGAGGCUUGAGAUUUUCACGCAAGAACGGAACGUUCGAGGUUAAUAAGUUGUUUAUUAUAUGGCUUUCUACUUUUGUUUUACAGGCCCUUAAUAGGCCCGUGGGCAUCAUAGGAGACUUGUGCCCUAGGAUUAGCCAAUCAGAGGGCGCGUUAUAUCGGCUGCAAACACACGCCAUAUAGCAAAUAGCAAUUUUAGUCGCCAAUGGUCGAGUCUUUGCGAAGAAAUAGAAUCAUGACUGAGGAAUUAAAGAAAAAAUGUAUCUGGAGUACCUCCGGGAGCCACUGCGAUGUUUGUUUCUGUGACUAACAAGUGUUCUCCUCCUAUUUAUGCUUUUUAGGCUGCAAAUGCUGUUGGGGCUGCUUUAAGUAAAGUCAGUGGAACAUAUGAUCAAGUAAUUCCCAUGAACAACACUACCCGUGAAAAGGCACGCGAGGACGCCGAACAAGUGGCACGUGAACGAGCUGUUAAGGAAGGUGCUGACGAACAGACGUUAAAAGUUAUUGACGUGAUGGACGUACCACUGGCUUAUCUGCCUGGAAAUGCAGUUCGUUAUUAUCUGAAAGUUGUUGGAGACUUAGCCGACUGCAAGGCUAAAAGCCCCGAGGAAUUGUCUGAGAUAGGAUGGACAUUAGGUGACGCGGAUUCAGCCAAGGAGUCUUCACCAGUUGAACAAGUCCCUGUUAUGUCUGAACAAGCCAAUGUAGAAGUCGAAGACAUGGAGCCAAGUGAUCCGUACGUAGACCCGGCAUCAGGGGACUGGAUACUGAACAAGUUUGAUAUCGAAUGUAUCGCCAUCGGAGCAGGUAUCAUGGGGUGUGGUGGAGGAGGUAGCCCUUAUAUCGGCAGAUUGAGGGCGCUGGAGCUUCUCAAGAAGGGCAAGGAAAUCCGAGUUAUUCAUCCUAACAAAUUAGGAUCAACUCCCGAACUGACCGGUAGCGUAGCAGCACCAGCCUUUAUGGGUGCACCAGCAAUCGCCAUCGAGAGGUUGUUCAGCGGACGGGAAUCCAUUGCAGCACUGAAGGCAGCUUCAGGGGUUCUUCUAAGUGACAAGGCAUUGAAGGAAAAAGACGCUGGAGAUGGUACAAAGGAAGUGGAAUAUGCUCAAGAUUUGAUGUCCGUGAAAAAUGAGGUACGUGGAUUCCCUAGAUAUGUAGAUAGCCAUUAUUUUUUUCGCGUGGGAAGGGAGGGAGGGAGGGAGGGAGGGAGGGAGGGGAAAUCACAAGAAAUCACAAGACACAUAACAAGAAACAUCAAGAAACAUCACAAGAAACAAAAUGACACCCAAGUAGUGGAGCAUGAAAAGGACAUUUUAACUGUGAUUAGAAAGGUUCUCACAAAUCAAGAAGAGAAGAGGGGAGAGUACCGUAAGGAAGAGAAGAAAAACGACGAUAAUGAUGGUGACAAUGACAGUGGAGAUGGUGAUGAUAAUGAUGAUGAUGAUGACGGCAGUGGUGAUGGUGACAGUGGAGGUCAUGACAGUGGGGAAGAUGUAGGUGAUGAGAGUGAAGUGGAAUAUAAAGAGGACAUUUUAACUGUCAACAGAAGGGUUCUUGAAAAUCAAGAAGAGAAAAUGAAAGAUGGUAAUGGUGAUUAUGAUGACGACGGUAUUGGUGAUGGUGGUGAUGGUAGUGACGGCAGUGGUGAUGGCGAGGACGAUACCUAUGACGGUGACGGUGGUGAUGUUGAUGUUGAAGUUGAUGAUGUUGGUAACGAUGAUGAAAAUGAAGAGAGACAGAAAGAGGGCAGUUUAGCUGUCAUUACGAGGAUUCCUGCAAAUCAACAGCGGAAAAUAGAAGGGUACGAGAAAGCGAAAGAUGACGAUGAAGAUAAAGAAGACAACGACGACGAUAAUGAAGAUGACGAUGACGACCAAAAACAGGUGAAGGUUAAAGAAGAGGAAGAGCAAGACGAUGGGGAAGUUAAAGAAGGGCAAGUGACUGCGAACGUCAAGGAAGGAGAACAAGAAGCGGACAAGUAA